AUGCAUAGUUAUCCCAAACAGCCAAGGAAGCCACUAAACAAUAAUAAAUUCGCCUCAUAAAAUGACACAGCCUUGAAAUCUUCAACUUAGUAGAAUAACUAACACAAAAUAGAGGAAAUAAUUCCAAAAAAAGAAAAAUAUUGUAAAAUAGCCAACGAGCUGACUUCUUAAGAGAGAGAGUUAAUUAAUACUUAAGCAAAUGAAGUGGUGACUGCAGUAAGGAUGGCCAAACAUAAUCCAAAGAAAUUAAGGUAAGUAAAUUCAUUAUUAUUCUAACUAAACAAGAUUGGAGGUUUGGAAAUCAAAAUUACACCUAAGAGACAAAAUAAAAUUUCGAGAAUCGUUCUUUUUGUGAUUGCUUCUUUUUUUAGAAUGUAUGCUAAGAUGAAUGUUGUCCAUAAUGGAUUAGUUUUCAUCAAGACGACUGCCUCUGAAACAGUGACUAAUUUUAAUGAUAAGAAGCAGGAAAGAAAUCCAACACCUCCUAUGCAACCUCGAGUAAUCAAUUUUUUCAUUGUUCUACUUGAGCGUGGAUAUGAGUUAUUUGGUAUGAAUAUUGCCAAGAUUUCAACAACAAUCAAAGUUAGGAUCGAUCUCCAAUAAAUUAUUUGA